AUGGAAACUCCGAGAGUCCUUCUCACUGGUGCUACUGGCUACAUAGGCGGAACUGUUUUAAACACCAUAAUGGCCUCCUCCCACCCGUCUUUCAAAAACAUCCACAUCACAGUCCUCGUUCGUCGACAAGACCAAGCCGACACUCUGUUCGAUCUCGGUGUCACUCCCAUGGUUUUCAAAAGUCUAGAUGACACCGAGUUGCUCACUGAAGCAGCAUCAACCCACGACAUUGUUGUCCAUGCUGCAAACGGCUAUCAUAUCCCUUCGGCAAAGGCCCUCCUCGCAGGUCUGUCCCAACGCAAAGCAAAGACAGGAAAAUCAGUGCACUACAUCCACAACUCUGGCACUUCCAAUUUUGGCAACAGACCUGUCUCUGGAAAGUAUAUUGAAGAACCAAGAGUGUUCUCGGACAAAGACGACAUUUACGCUUAUGAAAAGUUCCGAGAAGAGAAGGAACAGUACAAGCAACGAACUGGAGAUGUGGUCGUUUUCGAAACAGGUGUUGAACUAGGCGUCGAGACCUAUAUCAUCUGCUCACCUCUGAUCUACGGCCGUGGAACGGGUCUUUUCAACAAAUCAUCCAUCCAGAUUCCUAUCAUGAUCAAAGCUGCUCUUCAAAGGGGCGAAGCCAUCUACGCAGGCGACGGUCUAGGAGUCUGGGAUCACACGCAUGUUGAGGACAUCGCCAACCUAUACACCCUCAUCGUGGCCAAAGUCCUUGAUGGAGAGAAGAUUUACUCAGGAAAAGACGGCUUUUACUUUGCCAAUCACGGGACUCAGAGCUGGCUAGACAUAGCAAAGGGCAUUGCAAAGGUAGGAUACCAGAGAGGUAAACUCGCUGCUGAACCAAGGAGUGUUUCUCUGUGUGAGGCGGGUCGGGCGUUCUUCGAUGGUGAUGAAGAUAUGACAGAACCUGCUAUUUGUUCUCAUUCUCAAACACAAGGAGCCAGGAGCCAGGAACUGGGGUGGAAGCCGAUAAAAGAUGAUUUACGAUGGGAAGAGACCAUUUCCGAAGAGUUCGAGGUAGCUUUGAAGGCUAUGAUGUGA